UGAAUUCGUUUCAUUUCAACAGCAGGCAGCCGAAGCAAGGCUUGGCAGAAUGGUCGGCUGUCCAGAUUACAAUUAAUUUUUCAUUAUACAUUUAAUUAACCAUCAUCGCCAUCCAAACACAACUGUGCGUUUGAUACAUUUAUCCUCUGUUUUGGCGUCAAGAAGAGUGCACGAGAAAGAAAAAGCGCCUUGUUCUGGAGUCUGACCGGUGUAACGACACAGAUGGGACUGCACCAUAUAACAAGCAACGACGUUUCCCAUUUAAAGUUUUGGAUGAAAGCUUCAACAUAAUAAUUGUAACUGAGUUCACACGAAUAAGGGACGUGUUUCAUAUUAUUUUAUUGACACGUUUCGGGUCAAUGUGUUUUCCCAAGUGAAAACAUGGCUAGUUAGCUUCAGCUAGCUAACUCGCUAGAAGGCUAACUGCAUCAGUCUGGAGCAGGGUUGAGAUGUUCGUCUAAAUUUGGACCGAAGCUAGCUAAUCCAGGUAGCUAGCUAGCCACUGACAACGUUUAUGUGACAAGCUGUCAAACCCAUUGUAUGUAGGAUUCUUUUUAUAUGGUGAUUAUUGAUUGUGCGUAUUGGGAAAACUUGCAGAUCGAAACUUUGAUCACUUUUGCUGGCGGAGUUGUGGAAACCAAUGUUUCAUUGACAUCGCAAAGUUAGCCUGCUCGCUACCAAACGUGACUCUACUAUCCUCGACCAGUCAAUGGAAUUCCGAAUGAGUCAUUUCGGGUGUUGCCCUCCAAAAUUCGAAAAGCAGGAGGACAGCUUCUAGAAUCCUACAAAAGCUGAUUUCUCAUCCCGCUACUCGUGGGAUGAGACCGAUAUUGAAAGGAAUCAAAUUUGAAUGUUUCCAAACAUGGGGUCUUUAAAAGCACUUCAAGAAUGGUGUCGGAUACAAUGCGAGAGUUACAACGAUGUAGACAUCAAGAACAUGUCAUCGUCUUUCCGGGAUGGCUUGGCAUUUUGUGCCAUAAUCCACCGAUAUAGACCGGAUUUGAUAGACUUUGACUCCCUCUCCAAAGAGAAUGUCUACGAGAACAACCGUCUGGCGUUUGAGGUGGCGGAGGAGGAGCUGGGAAUCCCUGCUCUGCUGGACCCAGAGGACAUGGUGUCCAUGAAAGUGCCUGACAGGCUGAGCAUCAUCACCUAUGUCUCCCAGUACUACAACUUCUUCACCAACAAGUCCCAUGCCAACCCCCCCUGCUUGAAGAGGUCCAGUGGUACAGGCCACAUUGAGCCGGCCCAGAAGAGACUGGUGGCCCCUCUGGAAGACAAAGUGGUUGAGCCCGAGCUGAGCCUACCUGGUCCGAUGGGUACGGACGGAGGGGUACAGGCGGGGGUGAAACGUAACACCCUCAGCAGCAGCUGCGCCGCCUGCCAGAGGCACGUCCACUUGGUGCAGAGGUUCCUGGUCGACGGCAAGCUCUACCACCGCAACUGUUUCAGGUGUAGGGAGUGUAGCAGCACUCUGCUGCCUGGGUCCUACAAGCUAGGAAAUGAGGUCGGCUCCCUGGUCUGCACGCAUCACUUUGCCAGGUCUGCCUUAGCCAAUCAGAACGGCCGACCGGACCUAAGCAAGCGACCGACAAUGGUUCCAUCCGUCAGGAUUGGUCGACCCAUGCUGCCUCAAACUUCUCCUCCUUCUGGGAGGGACCAGGCGGCAAGGACUCCGCCACCAAAAGAGACUCCGCCCCAAGAGACGCCACCAAAAGAGACUCCGCCCCAUGAGACGCCACCAAAAGAGACUCCGCCCCAUGAGACACCACAAAAAGAGACUCCACCACAAAAAGACACUCCGCCACAAAAAGACACUCCGCCACAAAAAGACACUCCGCCACAAAAAGACACUCCGCCACAAAAAGACACUCCGCCACAGAAUGAGACGCCACAAAAUGAGACGCCACCAAAAGACACUCCGCCACAAAAAGAGACUCCUCCCCAAGAGGGCGUCACCAAUGAGGAUUACACCCCCACACCAACCAAUGUCUCUGACUCUACACCAUGUCCUAUCUCAAGGACAAAAACAGACUCUUUGAAAACAGAGAAAGAGAGGGAAGACGGUGCAGGAGAAAGAGAGGUCAAACCUCCACCCUCCGUUCCUCCCAACCCUUUCGAUGACAUCAAGGAGGAGGGGGAGGAGACUCCGACAACAGCCAAAGUCACAGCCAAUGGGGUUAUCCCUUCUACACCUGUCAGUCAUCUAGGACUAGGGGACAGUAAGCCAGUCCCCAUCCCUCGCCGCUUGUCACAGCCCUCCCCUCCACCUCGUCCUGCCCCCAGGGUCCGCCCACCCCGCGUUGACAACCUUGCGAUCAAUGGUGAUCGUGGUGAACACAGGAGAUCUCUUCCUCCAGCUCCCAGACCUCGAGAAAGAUCCCACUCCCCUCUCAGCUCCAGUCUCUCCAUCGACGCCCCCAAACCCCCUAACCCGCCCUGGCUGGCCCUUGUCCAAUCCCAAGAACCCAAGAAGAAACCAGCACCUCCCCCUCCCCCUGGAGUGGCCACACCCCCACACACUGGUUCAUUAUCUUCUCUAAAAGGGGAGGGCUCCAGACCACCCACGCCCCCUGCACCCGCCAACCCCUUCGAUGAGGAAGUAGAGGAGGUGGGGUCAGGGGAGGGGUCAGUAGGAAGUUUGGUUUCUCCCACUGUGGUGUUGAGUCAUCCGUGGUACAGCAUCUCCCAGGCUGCAGACGCUGCGGCUGACCCAGACACGCCCCCCAUUGGGGGUAUUUCCUCCCGCUCUGCAAGCCCCAAUGGCUUCAGGUGCAAGAAACGCCCGGCGCCCCCAAAGCCUGUUCCAAAGGCCCCCGGCUCUAACUCAGCCCUUCCUCACUCCCAGCCCUCCUCUUCCUCUCCCUCUCCAGCUAUUAGCAUAGAGAGCCUAUCCUCUGCCUCCGACCAUAGCUCCUCCCACCCAGCUUCCCUAGGGGGUGGGGCCACAGGCGAUCAGGACAACCCUUUCACCAAGAGCGUAUCAGAGCCCUCCAUCUGUGGGCCCUGUGGUGGUUUCACCCCCACCCACUCCAACUCAGCCAAUCGCCUCUCUCCGAGCCCCUCCCCUCCUCCCCAGCCAGCCAAUCCUCGCUCUGCUCCGGCCACUCCACAGAGCAAUCGGAGCGCCAGGCCCCCGCCCCCAAGACCUCCAACGACACAGCCCCUGGCAGCAUCAAGUGCUAUCCCAGUUCCACCCCCCAAGCGGACUUGUAAGGAAAACCCUUUCAACAGGAAAGCCUCUCCCUCCCCCGUUUCCUCCCCUAAAACCAGACCCCCUAGAGGCCCUCGCCCCGCCCGGCCCCCCGCCCCUGGACAUGGCUUCCCCCUCAUCAAACGCAAGGUGCAGUCAGACCAGUACAUCCCAGCUGAGGACAUCCAUGGAGAGAUGGGAGAGCUGGAGAAACAGCUGGAUGAGCUGGAGCAGAGAGGAGUGGCUUUGGAGAGAAAACUACGCGAUAACCCCAAUGAUGAGGAGGAGGAGACUUUGCUGGUGGACUGGUUCACUCUGAUCCAUGAGAAACACCUGCUGGUGCGCCGUGAGGCUGAGCUGGUCUACACGGCCAAGCAGCAGAACCUGGAGGAGAGGCAGGCUGAUGUAGAGUAUGAGCUGAGAUGUCUUCUUAACAAGCCAGAGAAAGACUGGAAUGAGGAGGACAAGGGCAGGGAGCAGGAGCUGAUGACAGAGCUGGUCACCGUCAUCGAACAGCGGAACCAAAUCAUCAACAACAUGGAUCAGGACAGGCAGAGGGAAGAGGAAGAGGAUAAGCUGGUGGCGACCAUGUUGAAGAGAAAAGACUUCCAGAAGGAGCCAGCAGCAGAGGGCGAGCAGCAGCAGCAACAGAAGAAGAAGAAGAAGUUCAAACCCAUGAAGGUUCUGAAGAGGUUGAGUGUGAACCAAGGAAAAGGUGGCAGCCCACGCAAGGAGAUGGCAGAGAAGGACAAGAGCUGAACAAGGGAGGUGGAUGAUGGAUGGAAGAAAAGGAAGAGGGAUACCAUCCUUUACAGGGGGACAUAUUAGAUGGAAAGAGCAAGGAAACGGCAGAUGAAAACAAAACACAGUGAGAAGGAAAAACAACCCAGGAUUCUCACAGAUAUGUGAAAGACUGUAAUGUGUGCAACCUGCAAUUUGCUCCUCCUUCCUCUUACUGUAGCAUAUCCUUCUAAUCUCUCCUCCCUACCAGAGUAUGUGAGCAGAGUUAAGCGGUUGGAUAUCCGGCUCGUGCUGGCGAUCCACCUCUUUUUCAACUGCUCCGCUAAAAAACCCUUCUGCUCUCGCAGGGGGAAAAAAUGGCCGCUCCAAAUUCGCUCCAUUCAUUAAAAUCACAAUUUAACCACCACCCAUCUAUUUUUGUGACUACCUUGACUUACCAUUUGGUAUUCAAGUAAUUGAAUAAACAAAUACGUUGGAAUACGCCAAGCCUAUUUUUUUCUUAGCAUGUGCAAAUGGUAAGUACACCAUCAUGCUUACGGGAUUCGUGUCUUUUCAGAUUCCACGAUUUGAUUCUUUAGUUGUGGACGCUACAUCGCCGCAAUCCCUCUCUUGCUCUUGGUCCUCAUCUUGUAAGUCACAGUGAUUUAGCACCUGUGUGUUUUAGCAGUUUCUUUAUGAAAAUAUUUAGUGAACUCCAUGACAGUAGCUAAAGUAUGGUGCUAUUUGAGAAUCUCGCUCCGAGGCUCCAGUCAAAUUGGGAUCGCUCCACUCCGCUCACAUACUCUGCUCCCUACCGUAGCUCCUCGCUCCACUCAGCUCACAUACUCUGCUCCCUACCGUAGCUCCACGCUCCACUCCACUCACAUAGUCUGCUCCCUACCGUAGCUCCUCGCUCCACUCCGUUCACAUAGUCUGCUCCCUACCGUAGCUCCUCGCUCCACUCCGCUCACAUACUCUGCUCCCUACCGUAGCUCCUCGCUCCACUCCGCUCACAUACUCUGCUCCCUACCGUAGCUCCUCGCUCCACUCUGCUCACAUACUCUGCUCCCUACCAUAGCUCCUCGCUCCACUCCGCUCACAUACUCUGCUCCCUACCGUAGCUCCUCGCUCCACUCCGCUCACAUACUCUGCUCCCUACCGUAGCUCCUCGCUCCACUCUGCUCACAUACUCUGCUCCCUACCAUAGCUCCUCGCUCCACUCCGCUCACAUACUCUGCUCCCUACCGUAGCUCCUCGCUCCACUCUUCUCACAUACUCUGCUCCCUACCAUAGCUCCUCGCUCCACUCCGCUCACAUACUCUGCUCCCUACCGUAGCUCCUCGCUCCACUCCGCUCACAUACUCUGCUCCCUACCGUAGCUCCUCGCUCCACUCCGCUCACAUACUCUGCUCCCUACCGUAGCUCCUCGCUCCACUCCGCUCACAUACUCUGCUCCCUACCGUAGCUCCUCGCUCCACUCUGCUCACAUACUCUGCUCCCUACCAUAGCUCCUCGCUCCACUCCGCUCACAUACUCUGCUCCCUACCGUAGCUCCUCGCUCCACUCUUCUCACAUACUCUGCUCCCUACCAUAGCUCCUCGCUCCACUCCGCUCACAUACUCUGCUCCCUACCAUAGCUCCUCGCUCCACUCCGCUCACAUACUCUGCUCCCUACCGUAGCUCCUCGCUCCACUCUUCUCACAUACUCUGCUCCCUACCAUAGCUCCUCGCUCCACUCCGCUCACAUACUCUGCUCCCUACCGUAGCUCCUCGCUCCACUCCGCUCACAUACUCUGCUCCCUACCGUAGCUCCUCGCUCCACUCCGCUCACAUACUCUGCUCCCUACCAUAGCUCCUCGCUCCACUCCGCUCACAUACUCUGCUCCCUACCGUAGCUCCUCGCUCCACUCCACUCACAUACUCUGCUCCCUACCGUAGCUCCUCGCUCCACUCCGCUCACAUACUCUGCUCCCUACCGUAGCUCCUCGCUCCACUCCGCUCACAUACUCUGCUCCCUACCGUAGCUCCUCGCUCCACUCCGCUCACAUACUCUGCUCCCUACCGUAGCUCCUUGCUCCACUCCGCUCACAUACUCUGCUCCCUACUGUAGCUCCCAUGAUGCUCUUUCAAAUACAGCCACUCCAAUGCGUUCUGUACUGUGUAUAUAUUUGAAGUUGCCUUUGUGUGAAGAGAAAGUUAAGAGAACUCAACUGCUUUAAGACUAAAACCUUAAACAUCUGAAGACUGAAUUGAAGAGGAGGUAUAUUUUCUGUAGAUUUGUGGUUGAGCGCAAAAUGUGGUUUCUUCUGUCCCUUUUCAUUAUUACUUUGCACAUUGUGACCCAGGCCUUUUUAAAAUCGGCUUUUAACAAAGAUAUAAAUACUAUGACUGCAGGUUUCUUACCAUUCAUCAGUCUCUUAUCAUGGUAGAAACCAAGGAAGAACACUCCCUCAUCUCCUGCUUAUUCAGUGGUCCUAAGGUUUCCCCUUUGUUCAUUGACGUUGCCUAUGUCUCAUUGUCUGUAGAUUGGAUACAGACCGAAGAGUUGUGCGUGUCUGUCGGUUGUCUGGUUUGAGUCUGUGGUACUUAUGAACUAUUGUGAAUCUUUUUUUAAACGAGGAACCCGUUGUUGUGAGUAAAUACUGCCAGUUAAGAUGGAGUAAUGACAACCCAAAUAAUUACUCUAGUUUUUAGCGAAAAGGUUAUUUCUUAACUAGCUACUUACCAUGUUUUCCAAAUCACUGACUAUGAUACUGUAGAUAUUAUGUUGGACAGUAGAUAUUAUGUUGGAUAAUCACGGGUCUGAGAAUGAGACGUAAGACAGACAGGUCAGAAAUAGUUCAGAUGGAACGUAAGUAAUGACUUGAAACAAGGAAUGUAAAGCAGUGUAUUUGACUAACAUAGUUGUAUCCUGACAGGUCACUGACCUAAUAGUAUUACAGAAUCUGACCAGAUUUACAACCGAAACAAGUGUGAACAGUUCUAGGGGCUACAUUAUACAAUAAGGAUAUAUGCAUGCAGUGAGUGUACAAAAUAUUAAGAACACCUUCCUAAUAUUGAGUUGCACCCCCUUUUGCCCUCAGAACAGCCUGAAUUGGUCGAGGCAUGGACUCUACAAAGUGUCGAAUGCUUUCCACGGGGAUGCUGGACCAUGUUGACUCCAAUGCUUCCCACAGUUGUGUUAAGUUGGCUGGAUGUCCUUUGGGUGGUGGACCGUUCUUGAUACACACGGGAAACUGUUGAGCGUGAAAUACCCAGCAGCGUUACUGUUAACACAAACGGCCACUUAAAUAUUUUCUUGUCCAUUCACUCUCUGAAUGGCACACAUACACAAUCCAUGUCUUAGUUGUUUCAAUGCUUAAAAAUCCUUCUUUAACCCGUCUCCUCCCCUUCAUUUACACUGAUUUGAAGUGGAUUUAACAAGUGUCAUCAAUAGGGGAUCAUAGAUUUCACCUGGUCAGUCUAGGUCACGGAAAGAGCAUGUGUUCCUACUGUUUUGUACACUCUGUGUAUAUAAAUUCAGUAGAUAUCUUUUUAACAAUAUAGCAAACUAUUAGUACCUACCAGUUGAUAUCAGUUUAACUGUUUUGGGAAAGUCUGCAAAAUAUGCAAAUAUUUUUAAUUUAUAUAUUUUACAAUGCCUUUGUUUGUAAACGCUGUCUAAUUCCAUUGAGUUUUGCCUUAACUUAGAAUCUGCCGUCAAAGUCGAUAGCACUAUGAGAUCCGUUUAUGUUGAGUGUCACUUAUUUAAAUGUAUUCGUCGAUAAGUCUCGUUUUUGUCCGGAGUUAAACUGAAUGUCUUGUUAUAUAUUGUCUAGUACACAAUCUUGUCUUCCAUUCAAAAUGGCUGCUUGUCUGUGUGUGUGUUUGUGCCUCUUCUUCCAAUUUAAAAACUCACACCAAGGGCUUCUGUAGAGCUAUGUUGAAACAUGGUCCUAAAGAAACAACAGGAUCGCAUUGAAAUCUGGGAGACUGAGAAAUAAAACAUAUUAAUGCCGCUAAA